AUGGCAAAUCAGAUUGCCAGAAUCGUGCCAAAUAUAGUGUCUGAGAUUCAAGCCUCCAGCACUCCCAAUCAUUCUGGCGAUUCUCACGUAGUACAGCCUAAACCAGUCUCGUUCAACUACAAACACUUCACUGCCUGUAACCCCAAAACUUUCACUGGGAAGGAUGGAGUGACAGCUAUGUUGGAAUGUUUUGACAGCAUGGAAGUCACGUUCAUAAAUAGUGAAUAUCCAGAGGAACUCAAGGUGCGAAGUGCCACUGGUGUUUUCCAAGCCAGGGCACUAGACUGGUGGACUAACGAGAGAAACAUUCGAUCCAAUGAGCUAGCUUACGCGUUGUCUUGGGAAGAGCUCAGGCAGCUUAUGAUGGAGGAAUUCUGCCCUCCUCAUGAGCAGCAGAAGUUAGAAGAAGAGUUCUGGACCCUCAAACAAGUUGGGGAUGAAAACCUUGCAUACACUACCCGGUUCAAGCAGUUGUGUUUUAUCGUGCCUCAUUUGGUGUUGACCACAGAACGCACCAUUCGGAAGUAUAUCAAUGGGUUGCCUCCUACGAUGCGUGAUACCAUCAAGGAGGUUUUAUCGAUAAUGCCGCCAAGAGUUCGACGCAAGGGAAAGGGUCCAAUGAGAGGUGGACCAUCAGGAUAUGCAGGACCUUCCCAUAGGCGCACUCCGUCUGCGUCAUUUACUAACUCGAAUUCUCAUGACCAAUGGGGUCAUUCUUUUGAACCCGAACCACCUCAACCACCUCCCCAGCCGCCGACGCGAAGGAGGAAUGCACGAAUAUCCGUGCGAGGGGGACCCCGGUUCAGUUCCCCUCAAGGUUCAAGCUCAUACCCUCCUAUCCCCGAGGACCCACAAUUGGGUGGACCCUCGCAUGCGGUGCCGGAAAAUGAUCCUCCCCCAGUUUCUUAUGCACCACCGCCACCGCCAGUGGGUUUCGAAAACCCGAUACCGACUUACCCAGGUUCUUCUGGGUAUAACCCUUUUGAAUACCCAACUUCUGCGGGUUAUGGAACUCGUGAUCCAUACCUUACAGCAGCACCGUACAAUGCACUUUAUCCUUCUUCUUACCCUCCAGUUUACCCAACUGGAUAUCCAGUGCAGGGGUACCAAUACCCACCUUACCAGCAACCUCCUCCUCCCCAACAGGAGCAAACUCAGGAGAUUCUACAGAGGUUGGAUAGGGUUGAGCGUAAAGCAGAUGAAACCAAUAAGAAGCACGACAGCUUUCUCAAGGACCUUGCAAGUCUAAUCAAAGGCAAAAGGAAAUAG